GAUCUUUGCAAGAAAUUGAUUUCUAUCGUGCACAUCAUUCACGAUGCCUCCCUCAGCGUCAAAGCAGAAGAGGCUCGCAGAAAAGGCUGCAAAGCAAUCUGCAAAGCACAAUGGCACAACUUCGACGUCUACACCCAACGACUCUAUGCCAGGCAGCAUGUCUCAUACCCCACUCACCAGCAUUUCUGCCGCCAACAGCACGGAUGACUUGACAUCCAUGGCCAAACUCCAGAUCGCCACUGAUAGGAGUGCAGCGGGAGUGCUUGUGUCAGACGUGAAAGGCAGAGAUAUUAAAAUCGAUUCCUAUACCUUAUCAUUCCAUGGUCGUCUGCUCAUCGAGGGUGCAGAAAUUGCCCUCAACUAUGGACAGCGCUAUGGUCUGUUGGGUGAGAAUGGGUCUGGAAAGUCUACCUUCCUCCAAUCCAUCGCAGAGCGCGACAUUGAAAUUCCACCACACAUUGAUAUCUACCUCGUCCGUGGUGAGGCAGAACCAUCCGAUGUCAAUGCCGCGUACGAGGAACUCGAGGAGAUGGAUCCAAAUACAUUCGAGACCAAGGCUGGCAGUAUCCUCCAUGGUCUUGGUUUCAGCCAGGCAAUGAUGGCCCGUCCUACAAAAGAUAUGAGUGGUGGUUGGCGUAUGCGCGUCGCCCUUGCGCGUGCACUCUUUGUCAAGCCACAUCUGCUCCUCCUUGAUGAGCCGACGAACCAUUUGGAUCUCGGCGCUGUCGUUUGGCUUGAAGCAUAUUUAUCAACAUACAACCACAUUCUCGUUAUCACCUCGCAUUCGCAAGAUUUCAUGGACUCCGUCUGUACCAACGUCAUGGAUUUGACGAUGAGCAAGAAGCUCGUCUACUAUACUGGUAACUACACCACCUACGUACGCACUAAGCAGGAGAACGAAGUGAAUCAGAUGAAGGCAUACCACAAGCAGCAAGAAGAAAUAGCUCACAUAAAAAAGUUCAUCGCUUCCGCUGGUACAUAUGCCAACCUCGUUAAGCAGGCCAAGUCGAAACAAAAAAUUAUCGACAAGAUGGAGGCGGCGGGACUCGUUGAAAAAGUCGAGACGCCUCGGCCGCUGCGCUUCCACUUCGAGGAUAUUCGCAAACUCCCUCCUCCCAUUAUUGCAUUCGACGAAGUCGCCUUCUCAUACUCGGGCAAACCUGAAGAUUACUUGUAUAAAAAAUUGUCGUUCGGUAUAGAUAUGGACUCUCGUGUAGCCAUUCUCGGUGCAAACGGUGCCGGAAAAUCGACACUCCUCAACCUCGUCACUGGUGUCCUACAACCCUCUCAAGGCACUGUUUCCAAGCAUGCUGCACUCAAACUCGCCAAGUACAGCCAACACAGCGCGGACCAGCUACCAUACGAUAAAAGUCCGAUUGAGUACUUCCAAUCACUCUUCUACGAGAAGUACCCCGAGAAAGACGCUAUGGCGUGGAGACAGCAACUCGGCCGUUUUGGCUUGAGCGGUGCGCACCAAACGAGUGUCAUUAGCAAUUUGUCGGACGGGUUGAGAAACAGAGUGGUAUUCGCACAGCUCGCGAUGGAACAUCCUCAUAUCCUGCUUCUUGAUGAGCCGACGAACCAUUUGGAUAUGGCUUCCAUCGAUGCGCUCGCGCUUGCAAUCAAGGACUUUGAAGGUGGCGUGGUGAUCGUGUCACAUGACUUCCGUUUGAUCAGUCAAGUUGCUGAGGAGCUUUGGGAAGUCGCUGAUAAGACAAUUCGCAAUCUAACGAAGGAGGAUAUCAGCAUCGUUGACUAUAAGAGGAACCUUGUGAAGCACAGUGAGGCCCAAUUGGAAAAGGCCAAGCUCAUCAGCAAGACUACCACUAAAGGCAAGACAUAGCGAGUGUCACAGUUCCGUUUCAUGUGUACAUCUAAGUAUAUGUACAUACCGUACACUGCGCCCCUUACAUGGGCCACACACAUGUCUUGCCAUUGUAGUCACGCCUUUUUUCAUUCGAUUGUUGCACAACUAACUGGAUCUGAUACUUGUAUGUUUGUCAUGUCCACGUUUUCGCUUUUAGAUGUUUUAUUGACGAUCGUCCCUACUUACUGAGGUCGGGCCCUAGCAAGGGAGCUCACGUUUAAUGUAGUCAGUGUUUAGCAAUGAUUAGAUUGUAUGAUGUCCGGGCCAGUUGAAUCGUAUGAAGACCCGUACCAAUAAAUGUGUUAUAGAUUCUGGGCCCAACCUA